CUUAUUGGUUAUUUGUACAAUCAUAUCGCGCGCUUGUAGCCAAUCUAAAACACCAUACCCACCCAGCGAAAGCUAUUUUUUUAUCCGCUUAAAGCGUCAGGAGGAGGAUGUUCUAUCAUGGGCUGCACCGGACAACUUAUUGACAAUGACUGUAAUUUGCUAAAGUGGUCGGCGGAGUGUUUCUCUGUGCUUCCGUUUACCAAAAUAAUGUGAAGUUAUCAAUGAUUUUAUUCCUCCCACGAGAAAAGGCGCAACUCUUGCUGUCUCUGCAGUUCACUCCAAAAACUCAAUUGAGCUGUCAACACGUCGCUGCAAGGUUUAUCAAUGGGGUUGCAUGCAUGGAUUUGACUGCGGAUUGAGCUGGUGACCUUGUGACUAGAAACUCUCUCACUUCAGGACCAUGAGCAUGGCUCUGGCCUGGCUCCAGUCUCACCUGCCCUGUACUAACCCAACCAGUAUCACCAGUAUCAACCAUCAGCACGCUUCCAGAAAAGCUUGCUAAACAGGACUGUGUGGAAAGCUAUGCUAUCUGGGACUUGGCUGCGUUCUGUGGGGCACCAGCAGCCUGCUGCAGCGCCUGGUGUGACCCCCAGAAGCAUGACGGUGUGUGGGGUCCCCAGCGGCACAGUGGUCCUUGAGGCCCAGUAUGACUACAACUACCGCGGAGCGGAUGGACGGCAGGUUUGCAUCAGGGAGGGCGAACGGUUUAUUCUCCUGAAAAAGACCAACACUGACUGGUGGCAGGUGCGGAGGAUUGGGGCUGCCAGUAAAACAAAGCCAUUGUAUGUUCCUGCCACGUAUGUGACAGAGGUGCCCAUUGCACCAAUGCCCUCGCCACAGCGCCUGGUCGGGUCUGCCUCGCUGAACUCCAACCGCAGGAUACUGCCAAGGGUGUCACUCUCUCCCAGCCCAAAAGAGACAACCUAUAGUGAACAGCAUCAAGUGAACAAACCCAUGUGCCGCUCCAUGGAAAACCUCAACUCCAACAGUGCCUUUCAGGGGCUGGACAACAAAACUGGUACAGGUGGAGGCCACUUCCCCACCCUGCCCCUCUGGUCUGGUUUCACCUUUACCCCCAACUCUCCCACCUCCCCGUCAGGACACCUCAUGGUCCCUGGGUCCCCCACAGCUUCCACGGCACCACUAACUGCACCACCUAACCCCAGGGUGGUCCCCAUGAUCACUCGGAGCCAGAGCUCCAGCAACCUGCCUGAAAACCUGAUGGAGAACCUGUAUGAUGAGGUGGGCGGCGGCUUCAGCAGCCGUGUUAACCACAGGAUGCCCAAGAAGUCUUGUAGCCAGUGGGACAUGGUGGGAGCCUCCUGCAAGAAGAACCACCUGCAGGUCCCAGCAGAGUCAUAUAUGUCCCAGCUGUCCUGGAAGGACUCCCCUCUAUACACUGAAGUGCAGCCAGAGAAACGUCUGUCGCUCACAGAGCCCCCUAACCCUGCCCCUGGUCAGCAGCCUCUUCGGGUCAUUGACCUGUGGGAGCAGUACUCUGACCUGCCCACAGGGAGAUACUACUACGUCAACAGCAUCACCAAGGAGAGGUCGUGGAAACCCCCUCGCCGGGCCCGUGGACACACACCCAACAAGGCCGGUCCAUUACAACCUCAAACGUUACCCAGAGAAACCAGCCAUCUAUCGCUACCACUUCCUGAAGCUGGCAAUGGAACAAUGCACAGGUUGACACCUGAUUUCCUCUUCGAGAGCCACCAGAGGAGAAGUGACGGUGGCUGGCAGAUGAAACAGAGCAUGCAGCGCGCCGUCUCCUCUGACACCCUGAGCACGAUGUCAAUCAGCAAUGCCGAUGCUCAGUGCCAGAACUCUGCCGCUCUGCAUGAUGUCAAGCAGCAGCUCAGCCACUCCCAGUCUAUGAUCCUACCUGAGAACGGCAAGCUGGUCCAGCAGUGCAGAGAUUACUCCUGUAAUUUAACCAACAUCGUCGUGGAGCCUCCGUCUCCUGAGAGCUCUCCAGACAGUGAUGGCUGCACACCGGAGUUGGAGAAAGCCGGCCUCCUGAACAAGACGAAGAUCGCAGAAGGAGGCCGGAAACUGAGGAAGAAUUGGAGUCCUUCCUGGGUGGUGCUGGUUGGGAACAGUCUGGUUUUCUUUAAAGAUCCUAAAUCACAGACACCUUCCAGCUGGAAACCAGGAAACAGUCGUCCUGAGAGCAGUGUGGAUUUAAGAGGAGCACAGCUGCACUGGGCCAACAACCUGUCUAGCAAGAAAAACGUCUUCAAGCUGAGGACAGUGACGGGCAACGAGUUUCUGCUGCAGUCGGAGACAGACUCUCUGAUUAAAGAGUGGUACAACACCAUCCAGAACGUCAUCGACAGGCUGGACCGCGAAAACCCGUUAGACAAUGUCCUGCAGUACUCUCUGAGGCGAGCGGGCAGCGUGGAGAUGCUGGAACACAGCGGGGAUGAGGAUGACAGGAGAAUGUCGCCUGCAGCCCAACGAUCCACACUGACCUCCUCUUCCUCCUUCUCUUCCUCCUCCUUCACCUCCUCCUUUCCCACCUCUGCAGUCCCUCGCUCGUCAUCCAACCUGGAGAACACGGAGAGGAAGAGAGUGAAGACCCGGCUGAAGAAGCUGAUCCUAAGGAGACCUCCUCUGCAGGCGCUGCAGGAGAAAGGGCUCAUUAAAGAUCAGGUGUUUGGCUGUCGUCUGGAGAUGCUCUGCGAGAGAGAGAAGAGCACCGUCCCUCGCUUCGUCAGACUUUGUACUAACGCCGUGGAGAAGAGAGGACUGGACACUGAUGGCAUCUACAGAGUAUCAGGGAACCUGGCUGUGAUUCAGAAACUACGCUUCCUGGUGGACCAUGAGCGAGCGGUGACUACAGACGGCCGUUACAUGUUCCCGGCGGAGUUGGUACAAGAGGAGAAGCUGAAUUUGGACGAGAGUGAUUGGGAGGACGUUCAUGUCAUCACAGGAGCUUUGAAACUUUUCUUUCGCGAGCUUCCUGAGCCCCUGGUGCCCUUCGGCUUCUUCACCGACAUCGUGGAGACAGUUAAGAUGUCUGACUACAUGGACAAAGUGGAUCGUUUGAAGUGUCUGGUGCUUAACAUGCCUCCUCCAAACCAUGACACGCUGCAGUUCAUGUGUCGCCAUCUCAAACGAGUAUUGGAGCAUUCAGGCAACAACCGAAUGACCACCCAGAACAUCGGCAUUGUGUUCGGUCCGACCCUGAUGCGUCCAGAGCGGGACAACGGCAACAUGGCGGUGAAUAUGGUUUACCAGAACCAGGCGGUGGAACUCAUCCUCAGCGAGUUUGACCACAUCUUUGGAACAAGAGGGCCUUCUUGAUCUUUAUGGACAGAGGAGGAAAAAGGUGGGGGGAUUCAAAAAGCUCCUCCAGAUCAGACAAAAGCACAAGUAGUGCAGCGUUUGUCCUCUUUGCCUAUUGACUCAUGUGGUGUAAAAUAGGUUUCACAUCAAAAGAUAAUUACGGGGUAAAAAGAACCAGCACAGAAAGCUGCUAAUCAUGACAUCUGGCCUCCAUAUAAAGCCAUGUUAAAACAAUAAUAGUAAAACAAACCAAUUUUAGCUGCACUACUUGUGUCUUUGACUGCAGAUGUGGAUUGCAGCCUCUGUGUUCUUUACUGCUGGAGUGGACGCCCCCUUUGUCACAUUUCCUUGAUGUUUCAGACUCGAUCAAGAUAUAUAAAAGCCAUAAACGUGAUAAAUCUCGUCUAGCUAGCUGAGUAUUAAUCAGUUAUUUAUCAAGGAAUGUGAGGAAGGAUGUGUCUUAACGUGGCACUCAAACAAAACUUUGCAGAACCAUCUCACUGUGAAAACUUAUGCACCAGCACCUCUUGCAGCAAGGAUGGACAUAUCCCACCUGCAGUGGAAAGCGGAAGAUAUACAGUAAAAUAUGCAAACAAGAAGGAAGCAGGCUGGGCAUUUAAAUGUGACAGCAUCCCUGCUGAAGUUAUACAGUUUUUUAAUGAAGAUGUGAAGUUCAACAGGGGAUCUCUUCAAAGAUAAAAGCACAAUUUUAGUGAUGGGAUAAUGUGCCAACAGGGCAGCAAAUGUUCCUUUGUAUUUUGUAGUGUGUGUGUG